AUGUCUCGGAAAUCGCUCGAUAGUUAUUCGAAAAAGACGAGAUCAAAUGCGCUGAAAAGGUUGAAAAUCGAGCUCGCAGAGUUGAGCUACGCGCCCAUGCCGGAGUUUGAAGCCAGUCCUGUUUCUGAGGAAGAUUUCUUCGAAUGGAACGCUUAUAUCCAUGGCCCUGCGAAUUCUCCGUAUGAAAACGGAAUUUUCAAGUUCAAUAUGAAGUUUCCACAAAAUUACCCAUUCUCUCCCCCUGAAUGCAAGUUCAUUACGAAGAUCUAUCACUGCAAUGUCAAUUCUCUCGGCCUUGUUUGCGUUGAUAUUUUGAAGGAUUCCUGGAUCCCCUCGUUCACCAUUUCCUCGAUUCUUCUCUCAAUGCGCACGCUGAUGUCUGACCCGAAUCCUUACCAUCCGCUUGUGGGAACAAUUGGACAAAUCUUUAUUGAAAACAGAGAACUACACGACGAUACUGCCAGAGAUUGGACCUCCAAAUACGCCAUGAACUCUUCUUACAAAUUUUCUUUACCUUAUUCUCCAAAAAGCUGA